GGAGCUCGGGGAGAAUUGCACAACAAGCUGGAAAGCCGGCUCAGCGCGGCUGCUGGGAGGAGAGGAAGUCUCCCAGGGCUGAGUGUGCCCAGGCAUGAAGGAGCCGGCCCUCCUGGCCGGCGGGCAGGGUGGGCGUUGCUCAGAGAUAAGCCAACCCCUGGCAGUGGGUGAUGAGCCCUGUGAAGCAUUGCUCCGGACAGCAGUAAACCACAUCCUCGGAGCAGCUACUCCUGGCUGUGGGCCGCACAGCAGUGCCAGGAACGGGUGCUUUCCAGAGGUGCCGGGAGCCCCGCUCCUCCUGGGCGGUGUGGCCCUGACAUCAAGGAGGGUUCAGGUGCCAGCUGCUCCCUGCUCCCCCACCCCCCGACUCAGGAUCAGGGCAGCAUGAGCCGGGCAAGACACGUGGGCAAGAUCCAGAAACGCCUGGAAGAUGUCAAGAGCCAGUGGGUCCAGCCAGCCAGGGCUGACUUCAGCGACAAUGAGAGUGCCCGGCUGGCCACAGAUGCCCUCUUGGAUGGGGGUCCUGAGGCCUACUGGCAGGCGCUCAGCCAGGAAGGCGAGGUGGACUUCCUGUCCUCAGUGGAGGCCCAAUACAUCCAGGCCCAGGCCAAGGAGCCCCCCUGUGCCCCGGAGCCCCCAGGGGCGGCUGAGGCAGGCUCCAAGGGGCUCGACUCCUGCUCCCUGCAAUCAGGUACCUACUUCCCCGUGGCCUCAGAGGGCAGUGAGCCGGCCCUGCUGCACACCUGGGCCUCCGCCGAGAAGCCCUACCUGAAGGAGAAGUCCAGCGCCACCGUGUACUUCCAGACGGACAAGCACAGCAACAUCAGGGACCUCAUCCGCCGCUGUAUCACCCGGACCAGCCAGGUCCUGGCCAUCCUGAUGGACGUGUUCACGGACGUGGAGAUCUUCUGUGACAUCCUAGAGGCGGCCAACAAGCGCGGGGUGUUCGUCUGUGUGCUCCUGGACCAGGGAGGCGUGAAGCUCUUCCAGGAGAUGUGUGACAAAGCCCAGAUCUCUGACCCUCACCUCAAGAACAUCUCCAUCCGGAGCGUGGAAGGAGAAGUGUACUGUGCCAAGUCAGGCAGGAAGUUCUCCGGCCAAAUCCGGGAGAAGUUCAUCAUCUCAGACUGGAGAUACGUCCUGUGUGGAUCGUACAGCUUCACCUGGCUCUGUGGGCACGUGCACCGGAACAUCCUCUCCAAGUUCACAGGCCAGCCAGUGGAGCUGUUCGAUGAGGAGUUCCGCCACCUCUACGCCUCCUCCAAGCCCGUCAUGGGCCUCAAGUCGCCCAGGCUGGCCACACCCCUGCAGCCCGGAGCAGCCCCUGGGCCCCCACCUGGCCGCCUCAGUGACAGCAGCAGCUCAGCCAGUGAGCGCACAUCCUCAAACCCCUUCAACAGCCCCUCGGCGGGCAGCAACCCCCAAACCCGGAGUCUGUCCACGUCCUCGGGGCCCGGCAGCCCCCUGGCCCCAAACCCACUGCUUGCCUCCAGGUUCCAGCCCCACCACAGCCCUUGGGGGGCCCUGACCCCACAGGCCCACUUCUCCCCAAGGCCCCAUGAGAGCCCCCCAGCCCUCUACAGCAACCUCAACGCCUACAGGCCCACUCGGCUGCAACUUGAGCACCUGGGCCUGGUGCCCAGGGUGGCCCACACCUGGAGGCCCUUUCUACAGGCCUCCCCACAUUUCUGAAGAGUCCCUUCUGCCAGCUGACCUCCCCAGGGACAAGGCUAGGCAUUCUUGGGUUUUUCUGGCUCAAGGACCCCACUUCAACAGAGUGGCUUUGAACCUGCUUCCCUUUGAACUAAAGGCACUUGGACGAAACCAUUGCCCAUGUUUGAAUGUUCUCAGGCCUGAGAUGAUUUGCUUCCUGACCCCCUGGUAUGGCCCAGGUAGCACAUUCCAGAAGGUUCCAGGGAGGUGGUGGGCAGGGAACUAGAGGUCAAAAUCAUGAAAAUAGAGCAUCUUUCUUCCAAAGAGCCGCCAGGGCUUUAAUAUCAACAUUUCCUGAAACUGUAAUGCGACAAGGGGCUGAUGCAACCCAGGUUUUACAUAUGGGUAAACUGAGGCACUGAGGCAGAGGGUGGGUGUGACCAAGGUCCUCCUCUGUCCCAGUGCCCAGGAAUGGCCCACUCCCCAGGGAUUCAGGAGGGAGAGAUUCAGGAGACAGUCUGGGGACAUACUGGAUGUUUCUGGGAGGGGAUGGAAAUGCCUCGUCCCUGGAAGAGCCUGACACUAGAGAGUCCCUGGGGCGGUGAGUUAGGGAUGGGGCCCAGAGCCUACCACUGGAAAUUAUGUGAGGUAGUUCAAAGUGUGGCCACCUGGGGUGGGGCAAACCAAGGCUUCUAGGGGAUGGAGCUGGACAAGGCCCUGUGGCAGCUCAGCUUUUUGCUUUGAAGAGCCUUUGGCUGACCUGGAGGUUCCUGGAGUCUGGGCUGGAUCCUGGGAGGCUUGAGUUGUCAGAUCUGAGAAUGGCCCCGCAGUUGUGGUUCGGGCAGCCUUGAGCAAGCAGGGAGGACCCCACAUUGACCUUGCAGCCACCAGGCGCAUCAGCUACCUCCAGUUCCGGCCCCUCCGCCUGGCUUGCUGACAUCCUGAAGCAGGAACACCGUGCCCUCACCAGCCCCAUCGCUCUUUCAUCCAGUUUGUUCCUGUGGUGCUAAUAGAUCCUGAGGGUAACAGACCCUCCUAAAUUUAGGCCUGCUUGGGUAGAAAUAAGAACACGGGAUGUUUAGGGAGCACAGAGGAGGGCCAGCCAGCCAUUUGGUGGGGGGGGGUUGGGGGACACUUCCCAGAGACAUGACAGUUAGCCUGAGACCUAAGGAACAAGGCUAUUAUGGCUGGGGGGAGGGGUGUGAUGAGCUGUUUCGGUCCAGGAGAAGCAGGUGUAGAAGCCCCGCAAGAAUCUUCUGGUUUCCAUGCCCCCGCUACCAGCAGCUCAUCUCAGCAAAUGCCUUCCUGCUGCCCGGCUCAGAGGCUCUGCCUUUGCUUGCAGAGCCCGGGGGUGGGGUGGGGGUGGGGGCGGUACAGAGUCCUUCCUCCUGGUGGCCUCUGGAUCCUCAUGCACCUGGCCUCCUGAGUUGCACUCUGCAGGGGGCAUCUCCCUGCAGCCUAGCCCUGUUUAUAUUUCUCCAAAGACACUUCAGACAGGCUUCCCUGGUGGCUCAGAUGGUAAAGAAUCUGCCUGCUUAUGCAGGAGGCGUAGGUUCAGUUCAUGGUUCGGGAAGCAGCCCCAGAGGAGGAAAUGGCAACCAAUUCCAGUAUUCUUGCCUGGGAAAUCCCAUGGACAGGGGAGCCGGGCGGGCUACAGUCCAUGGGGUUGCAAAAGAGUCAGACACCACUGAACGACUAAACAACAAAAGCAACACAACGCUCCUGACAGAGGCAGAGGCGUCUGCUUCGUCUUAAAAGUGUUUUUGUCCUCACUUCACCUUUUCCUCCCUAGUUCCUGAAAACUCAACAACGACAAAGCCCUUUGGUUCCUGAAGGCUCUUUACGCCCUGGUCCUGAUGCUGCCUUUUUCCUGCUGACUGCCGUGAUGAGGUUAGAACGACCAGGGCUGUGCAGAGUUCUGAGCUGAAUCUGACAGCCUAAUGAGAAAGCUUCAGGAAGGGAAAGCUUGCUGGGGUGCCAAGAGGUCCAGAGGUGGGCUCUGUCCCCGCAUCUGGCUCCGUCUGGGUGGAGAGGAGGCCUGCAGCCGGAACAAGCCCUCCUCCUCCCAUUUCCUUUCCACCAGCCAGUUUCCCCUGUGGUUAUCUUAGGGGUUCUUGAGUAUUGUUUUUCUCCCUCUGGGCACCUUGUCAUUUCACCGUGAUCUCUACCCGCUGGGAAAUCAGGUGUGGUUUCCUUUGGCCACUGGGAUGUGAGUGGAAGUGUUGAGGAGCACAUCCAGGUUUCUAAGCUCCUAGGCGCAGAUUUUCUUAUCUCAGGAUGGAGCCCCCUUCAGCCAGCCCAGGUUCCUAAGUGUCUACAAAGAUCAAGAUUUGCUUUCCCCACUGACCUGCAAUGGAUAAGUAGUUAUGAGCAAGAAAUAAACCUUUGCUAUUUAAGCCUC